AUGCAGCACGCGGUUGCGCAUCCUUCCCCGACGGCCAAUGGCGCCGGUGAUACCGGCAUCGUUGGCCAAAGGGAUGCGUCUCUUAGGUGCAAUAUUUGCGACAAGCUGUUUUCACGAUCCGAACACCUGGUGAGACAUGAGCAUAUCCAUCUGCAAGAAAAUCCCAUCGAGUGCGGAUACUGCGGAAAGGCGUUUGGCCGAAAAGACUCGGCUAAACGACAUGAGCGGUUGCACAUGAGGGAGGCCAGUGCAGGAGCUUCGGAAUUCCAAUCUGCCUCGCUUUGCCGAACCUGCUCCAACUGUGCCAGGUCGCGCAUAAAGUGCUCCGGCGGAACGCCAUGCAAGCACUGCGCGACCAGAAACCUCGACUGUGUGUAUCUCCCUCGCAAGCGGAGAAGGGUUCAGUACAGACAAGAUCACAGGCCCCAGGUUCAAGACCCGCCAUCGUUUGAAAACCUUGGUGGCAAUGUCAGUCAAUCUCUCGUGACGAAUGAUGUAGGUGUCAUGGCUCGGACAUGGCCAGACCAACAAGGUGAUUCCUCGCGCAACCAGGGUGCCGUAGGAGCCUUUGAUGAAGCUGUGAGCCCGCUGGCAUCGGAAAAUGAGCCCUUACGAGGUCAAUCUCGCCAGGAUUUCAUCUGCGAACUGCCAGCGAUAACUCAGUCGCCAGAGCGAUCCCUAGCCACGAAUUGGUUGCCGUUCGAUAUUUCCAUGGAUGUCGACCUCAUGCUGCCUAGCCCCGACAAGAUACUACCAACCUAUUCCCUAAAGGCUCCGACCAGACCUGCAAGCGCUGUUGAAGAGCGCGAAACAGGCACCAUCGCCGACCUCGAAGAAUCUCAAGGCGGCCCCAGCUUCGUCUUGCAACAGCAGGAUUGUGUGUCAGCGCUGAUCAGCUCCAUGGGCAGCGAUAUGCAAGGCUAUGCCGACUGCCCGAACAGCCCCCAGCUGAGCGUCUCGCCUUCUUCAACUCAGCAAACUAACUUGUACGUAGAUGGAGCGGGAUUUAGGUCAAGUCAAGCCGACCGCUGCAUCCGCGAGCGGCAGGGAAAGUACGCCACAAAGAGUGCAUAUGGUGAUGGUUCUGGGGGAAACUCUUGGCAAGCCGUGUUUUCUAGCAAGGUCCAUGCCAUGGAACAACAACCCGAUCUUCAGUACGAUGUCCUAGAAGACAUCUUUGAGGAAAUUCUCUCCAGGUUGUGUCCCUCAACAGGGGAGCCGCUGCUUUCUGAAGAAUUCUUGGCCAACAAAGCCUUCUUGCUGAAACGAUCGACCUUCAGCUUCUUGCUGAAGCUCUAUUUCACCAACUUCCACAAGCUAUAUCCCUUUGUUGACCGCUCAUUUCUCUGCAUCCCCAUAUGGGGUUGGAGUCUGACCUUGGCGGUGGCUGCAAUCGGUACACGAUACAUGGGCUUGGCGAAGCUUACCUCUCAUGGCGAGGAGCUCUGCGUCGUUCUCCACGAGCUACUCCUGAAACAGCUCCAGUUUGGUCGUGUCCAGGACUCGCUUCCCUACAUCCAAGCUCGUAUGUUGGCGGCUAUCGGUCUCUGCCAGAGCCGCCAACCCCAUUUAUUGAAGUGUGGGCAUAGCGCGUUGGCGUUGGUGACCAACUCUUGCCUUCAACUGCGACUUCUCGACGAGGAUGACCGGAUUGGCGCGCACCAGGAAGAUCAGAGCCUGGAACAAACAUGGAUAGCCUGGCGCUUCCGGGAAACACGCAGGAGGACGGGACUCUUCAUCUGGCUCACCGAUUGCUUUCUCGCGUUCGCCACCGAGAACCCUCCGACAUUGCCGCCCCAGAGACUGAAACUGAGACUGCCUAGUCCAGACGACUUAUGGGAAGCUGAAACCGUUCAAGGAUGGUUUGCCCUCGCACCAAAAGACAAUGCGCACGAAGGUGGUUCCGCCUUUUAUCUCGAGGAGUCGAUGCGGGAGUCGGUUCAGCACGUUACCCAGAAGCUGUGGCGAGGCUAUCCUGCACCGGACACCAUGACGCAGUUUUCCACUUUCAUCGUCCUGCAUAUGCUGUUGCGUCGUCGAUGGGACACAAGCCACUACCUUACAGAUUCAAUGUUGACUGUCGAAUCACCCAGCUCACGAGAACAAGCACCGCCCAAACACCGAUACGUGGGUGAGAUUCCUGCCUAUGUCAAGUGGCGGAACUGCACUUGCGAUUGUCUGGACUUGUUGCACUGGCAGGCAUUGAGUGCUUCUGCCAAGGGCGGAGCCUACGAAGCCCCGGUCUUCUUGCAUCUCCAUCUAGCGCGUCUGGUUAUCCUUGCUCCAGUACGAGAGCUUCUGGACCAUGUUUCUGCUGUCAUUCAGCUGGGCCCGUCACAGCUACUGCCGCACAAUUUAUACCACUUCCCAGAUCCCAACCAAGAAUGGGGCCGUACUCUCUUCACCUGGGCAUAUCAAGAUCGGUUCAAGGCGCGAUUAGCCAUCAUUCACGCCGGCGCAGUACUAUGGCAUACCCGGCGAUACUCAGCGGCAGCUUUCAUCGAGCCAUACACCAUAUUUCUUGCGACCCUGAUCCUAUGGGCCUUUGGUAUGGCUUCUAGCACGAUUAAAAAGCAUUUACUCAAGAAACCCGCCGAACCAGCGGAUCAGCUACUUGGCUCUAGAGAUAUUGCAGCGCAGAUGGGCUCUUCCCACUCGGUUUCGAGUCCCGAACCAUGCGACAGGCUGCUUCCAAGCAGCUUGUUUCGACCCCGAGACCCUUCAUUGAACGGGAGACGAAUGCCUCACUUGAUGCAACUGGACCGACCGAUUGACGAUGAACUAGUACAGCACUUUAUCCGUUCAGGGGACGGAAUGCAACUCUUCCUAGAGGGUGUAGAUGAUUUAUGCUCAGCGGAAGGACCAUGGCAGGUUCUUCACGAAGGCGUUGCGGUUCUACUGGCAGAACCAAGGAUUUGGACAAUUGCGGAAAACUAUGCUUCCACAUUAGCAGCAUUGGCUGCAGCUAGUAACACGCAGUGA